AUACUAUUAUAAAAUGAUGAAGAAUCCUAAAGAAAGGAAUAUAGGUUGUUCACGCAGGACACAGAAGCUCUGUCUCUGUACAGAAAGUGAAUUACGAAUGGAUUGCGUGAAAACCUCGGACGAAUCGUCUUCUCUGUCCCCUCCUCUUUCCGCAAAUAUUAAGCAAACUUUCCAAUUGUACAUAAGGCAUUCCAGUUUCUUUUCUCAUUAUACAAUUUGCAAAGGAGAUGGUAUCUCCCCCUUCUUUAGAGCUUCCCAUUCUACAGAUGAUGAUACAAGAUAGAGCCUGAUGGUUUUGAGCAGGUUCAUGUAGAAAGUUGCAUAUUUUGGUGUUGAUUAAAAUUUCUAGCCAUCAAAGGUUUCAAUAUUUCUGGCGUUGAUAUAUUAAUAUAUUGCAACAGUAAGAUAUUGAUGGGGGCAUUCUUAAGUCUAAAUAAUUCCAGUGCUCCAACGAGUGACCCCUUAGAGGUUUCACAAAGUGAAGCAUGCAAGAGGCAGAAGCUGUCAUCAUGUCUUUGUGAGGAGAACCAGAGAUUGAUUCCCAGCCUUCCUGAUGAGAUGUCCUAUCAGAUUCUUGCCAGAAUUCCAAGGAUUAAUUACUUGAACGUGAGGUUAGUGUCUCGAGCCUGGAAAGCUGCCAUCAUGAGUACUGAGCUAUUCAAUAUAAGGAAAGAACUUGGAAAAUCAGAGGAAUGGCUCUAUAUAUUGACUAAGGUUGAAGGUGACAAGCUUUUGUGGUAUGGCUUGGACCCUUUGUCAAGAAGAUGGCAGAGGUUACCUCCAAUGCCCAAUGUUGCUUUUGAAGGCGAAACCAGGAAAGGUUUAACUAGCCUUUGGAUGUGGAAUGCGAUGGGCUCGAGCAUAAAAAUUGCAGAUGUCAUAAGGGGUUGGCUUGGCAGGAAGGAUGCAUUGGACAGAAUGUCAUUUUGUGGGUGUGCCGUUGGUGCUGUUGAUGGAUGCCUCUAUGUGUUAGGAGGAUUCUCUAGAGCUUCAGCCAUGAGUUGUGUUUGGCAGUAUAAUCCAGUUCUAAAUUCAUGGAGUGAAGUAAGUCCAAUGUCAACUGGUAGGGCCUACUGUAAGACUGGCAUCUUAAAUAAUAAGCUAUUUGUUGUUGGAGGAGUUACCAGGGGUCGUGGCGGAUUAACUCCUCUUCAGUCUGCUGAAGUAUUUGAUCCUCAUAGUGGUAUAUGGUCCCAAAUACCAAGCAUGCCAUUUUCAAAAGCUCAGGUUCUACCCACUGCUUUUCUGGCUGAUCUACUCAAACCCAUUGCCACAGGAAUGACAUCAUAUAGGGGAAGGUUGUUUGUGCCUCAGAGUUUAUAUUGCUGGCCGUUUUUUGUUGAUGUUGGAGGGGAGGUAUAUGAUCCAGAGCUAAAUUCAUGGGUUGAAAUGCCAGUGGGCAUGGGUGAGGGUUGGCCUGCAAGACAGGCAGGAACGAAAUUAAGUGUCACUGUGGAUGGUGAGUUGUAUGCCCUCGAUCCGUCUAGUUCUCUUGAAAGUGCUAAGAUCAAGGUAUAUAAUUACCAAGAUGAUGCUUGGAAAGUUGUAGUAGGAGAGGUCCCCAUUCCUGACUUUACCGAUUCAGAGACUCCCUAUUUACUGGCUGGUUUACUAGGAAAGCUUCAUGUGGUUACUAAAGAUGCCAACAACAAUAUCUCAGUACAGCAGACUGACGUUCAAAACCAUUUUACUUCCCUACCAUCUGCCUCAUCAUCUUCAUCAGAUGAAUCUUCUGGUGUGCACGCUGAGUCUGCUGAAUCUGCAACAGUUAUCAAAACAGAUCUUUGGACGGAUAUUGCCACAAGGACUGUUCGAUCUUCUGAACUAGUAAGUUGUCAGACCCUCAAUAUCUAGUGCCAUCAUCAGGGUACUUAGGGAUCUGACUCGGCGUCAACUUUCCAGAACAUUGGUUGAUACCAUAUUCUGUUGCCCAUUUUUUUUUUUACUAGAAAGAUUGAUUUUGCAAGCACCACGGUGAUAUUGUGAUUUAUAUAAGUCAUAACCUAUCUCUCGUAUCCUUUUAUAAUGUAAAGAAUGAAAUUAUGUGACGCUGGAAAGCAAGAUAGCUCGGAGUUGUCUUCGUCCUUGUUUUGUUACUAGCUUUAAUGAAUUUUGCUUAUUUUCUAAUCUCAAGUGACAGCACAGUAUCUCCAUAUGGUCAUUGUUGUGAGAAAUUGAGAAUAAUGCCAUUCAGUAUUGACGUCAUUGAGUAAUUUCCAUUUAAAAAUGUGUGUCCAAAUA